AUGCAUUACUUCCUGGCUUAUAAAUGGGAUGAGUACACUUCAGGACCAGCAGCAGCAGGCUGUACUGGAAAUUGCAACUUUGGCAACACACAAACGGACAGUGACAACACGCAGCUGGACUUCGCCUUUAAUCCUUGCGCUCUUUCACACCACCUUGUAAACAGAAGUAUGACGAAAAUAAGCUCACCAACAGAAUUGGAGAAGAUGACCAAAAUGAAAAAUCACAUCCAAGUUCUCAUGAAGGCAAAAAACAGAGCACUGACUGUUAGGCAAGAUGCAAACAAACAAUUUGUCGUUGGUACAACUAAAAAGGAAACUAAAGUGGAAGUAAGAUUUCAGAGAAGCCCGGGUUCACACCCAUUCUACGUGUCCUUUGUGUUUAAGCAUAAAUCAAAAAAAUAUUAUCUUUACUGCAAAUGGACAAGCAAUAAACCACAAUUAAUACUGACGCCUGAGGGCAAACAUAAUCAGUUCAACAUACCAGCCUCAGAAAGAUCCAACCUCUUCAAGAUGACGAUGGACAGCAAACGAUAUAAAUUUCAAUCCUACCUGAGUGAUGACUGGUUUCUCAGUGUGAGCAACAACAUUCUUGUUCUGAACAAUAGAGCUAGAAGAGAAAGCGCUCUCUUUGACUUAGAAUCGUAGUCUGGCACUGGAAUAUUUGACUCUUCUUGUUAGAUGAGGAGAGCUUUGUUAGUUUUCCUGGUCAUCUUUUCCUAGGUUGUGGGGAGCUUAUUACCCUGGCUAGAACUAAGUGAUUUGAAAGCUUUUAUAUCGUCUAUGUGCCUGCCCUUCUGACAAUAUGAAUGAAAUACUGCCCUCAUUGCUGUCAGUCCAAUGGCCUCUUCAGGCAAAGUACGGUUCAGAAUGAUUUGGCUCUAAUCACUGCUCAAAAUGAGCAAACAAAUUCGGAGGAAUAGGCCAUUUUGUUUCGUAUUCCACCAUUCGAUAAAAUCAUAAUUAUCAACUUCAAUUUCCUGACCAAACCCCAAGUCCCUCACGUCCCAUAUGGUCAUAACAUCUCUCCUUUCAGCCUUGAAUGUACUUGACUACUGACCAUCGU